CCCCGCCCCGGCCCGCCCCGCUCCCAGCGCGCCGCCGAGGGCCGGCGCCCGGCGGGAGGGAGGGGAGGCGCUCCCGAGCCCCGCGGAGGCGGCGGAGAGAUGGGACCGUCCGCGGCCCCGCCACCUGCCUGAGCCGCUCCCGGAGCCGCCGCCGCCGCCGCCGCGGGGAGCCGACCGACAUUCAGAAUGGCAGCCUUGUCCACUUUAAUCCUGCUUUUGUGUGCUGCUAAAGAUGUGAUGCCUUCCAGUCCUCACUGGAAGCCAACUUGGCCGUCUUACAGAGUUCCCGUUAUCCUGCCGCAGUCUACCCUGAACUUGGACAAACCACAGUUCGAUGCUGAAGCCAGACUGGAAGUGGUAUCUCCGUGUGGCCCAGCAUGCCACAAAAGUUCUCCGCUGCCAACUUACGAAGAAGUGAAGAACUACUUGUCCUACGAAACCUUGUACGCCAAUGGCAGCCUCACAGAAACUGAAGUGGGCAUAUAUAUUCUGAACAACGGCGGCGAUGGCUCUCGAGGCAGAUCUCGAACUAAGAGGCAGAUCUAUGGCUAUGACAGCAGGUUUAGCAUUUUUGGAAAAGACUUCUUGUUGAAUUACCCAUUCUCCACAUCGGUGAAGCUCUCCACAGGUUGCACGGGGACGCUGGUGGCUGAAAAGCAUGUUCUUACUGCUGCUCAUUGUAUCCAUGAUGGAAAGAGUUACGUCAAAGGAGCUCAGAAACUGCGGGUGGGGUUCCUAAAGCCCAAACAGAAAGAUGGCAGCAAAGGGUCCAAUAUCACCAACUCGGCAAUGCCCGAGAAAAUGAAAUUCCAGUGGAUCCGAGUGAAACGGACGCAUGUCCCCAAGGGAUGGAUCAAAGGCAAUGCCAAUGACAUUGGCAUGGAUUAUGACUAUGCCCUGCUGGAGCUGAAGAAGCCGCACAAAAGAAAGUUUAUGAAGAUAGGUGUGAGCCCACCCGCAAGACACUUACCUGGAGGGAGGAUUCACUUCUCUGGCUACGACAAUGACCGUCCGGGAAACCUGGUUUACCGUUUCUGUGAUGUCAAGGAUGAAACGUACGACCUGUUGUACCAGCAGUGCGAUGCCCAGCCGGGUGCGAGUGGAUCUGGGGUAUAUGUGAGGAUGUGGAAGAGGCAGAACCACAAAUGGGAGCGUAAAAUUAUUGGUAUAUUUUCAGGCCAUCAGUGGGUGGACAUGAAUGGCACCCCGCAGGAUUUCAAUGUAGCCGUUCGCAUUACACCCCUCAAAUACGCACAGAUCUGUUACUGGAUCAAAGGCAACUACCUUGACUGCAGGGAAGGAUAAAGACAAUGAAACUCCUUGAAAGCACUUAAUGACUGGUUUUUGUUACUCAUCUGAGGAAAGGCUAGACUUGUGCUGCCAAUGCAUGUGAUCACGUAACAUCGGGAGGUGAUAAGUAGCUUUUCAAGCCAGCCACCUUGUUCUUAGGACAGGGACUGUGUGGUGCUAUCAUUACAGCCUGAAACUGGGGAGAAAGGAACGUCUGCAGGGUGGGGAAGGAGCAGGUGGACUUGCUGAAUUUGCAGCUGAGCAACUGAAGAUUAAUUAGGGGCGGAUCAGUAAACAGUAUGAAAACAGAACCGUCUCCAAAGAAUCUUGUAAAAGGGACGCUGUUGACUAUCUCAUGCCUACAAUGUUUGUUUUAAUAAAUCCUAGGAUUAGUAGAAAUGCUUUGAUCUGAACUUUUAAAAGAAAAUAUUUCUAUGCUGUUGGGGGCUGAAGAGGGGCAUUUAAUGGUGUUUGCAACCCAAACAUUACAGCUUUGUGUUCCUGCAUGAGAAAAGGGAGUGUGAAAAGGGCAAGGCAUGCGCUGUGGGAGAUGAAUGCCACACAAAUAGCGUGAAGGGUAAAUAACCACAUAACACUUCUAACUUCCUUUCAGCCUGAGUGAUUUGAGACUUUAUUAGUAACAUAGUUAAGAAAAAUGCUUUUUGAGCAAACAGACCUUGACGUUGCAAGGAUUUGACUGUGAAGAUGAUGUUGGUUAUAUGAUCAGUGCCAUUACAUCCUGCUUUGGGAAACACAAAUUGCACAUGGGAUUAAAUCUUUAUAGGAGCUGGGACCUAUGAAGGAGCAGGAUCCCUAUGAAUAUACUAGAAAGCAUGUGGGGAAAGGGAGUUACGUGUUUAUGACCUACUUAGACCUUUUAAGGAAAAUCUCAUGUUAGCAACUCAGAUUUUUGGAGGGGAAGCCUGUCUUCAUUCUUGCUAUCUACCUAAUAAUGCACCAUAUAGAGGGACCCUGGACUUGUAAGUGUCUCUCAGCCGUAUCCCUUUGACAGUGUAAUUUGGGCAUCUUGACAAAAAUUUCUUGUGUUUUUGGAAUAGGAAUCCUCCCCACCUAGCUGUUGAGUUACAAAUAAUUCUUGGCAAAUGCACAACUCAGGAUUUCUGCAGCUGGAAUAGAACCACUUUAUAGGAUGCAGCCUGAGUUUGUUGUGAAGUGAUCCUCUGCUGUCUCUUACAGAUAACAGUGGUAUUUUUACUAUAGAAGAAUUGGAGUUGAAAACAAGAAUUGUCUUUUUGAGGUAGAAACAGUGCAGCCAAAUACUGUAGCUCAGCAUUCAGAAAUUGACAUGGUCUCUACAAGUAGCCUUUCUUAGAUGGAUUGUGCCACUGUAUUUCAGUAACAUGAUUGAGGACAUGCUGCCAUGCCAAGAUUAUUUUUUUAAGUAGGAGGAUAGACACCAGCUCUGGUUUCUCUUCCAUCCAUCUGUCACUGACUCCUGAAGCUUCCCAGGUUGCCCAUGGUGCUUGGUGUUGUGGGGCAAAUGCAAGUCCCUGGUGAGAAAUAGCAAAGCUGGGAAGGAGUGAAUCCAAGCAGAGCUUCCCUGUACUAUACCAAUACGAGGAAAAUGUUAAUUCAGCUAAGCCUUUUUUACACUCUACUAAUUACUACGGCAUUUGUAAACAUAUGCCUGAUGGUGCUUUAUCUUUGUGGUGGCUUUGGCUCCAGUUCUGACAAACAUUUUUGCUGGAGCUGCCUAUGAUUAUUAUUUUUAUAGAAGCAGUGUAAAAAAAUGUGGACUCUCAUGUGGGUUUUUGGUGCACUCAGAUACAAGCAGUUACUAAUGCUUUGAAAUAUGAAUAAUCACCAUAUGUAUCUGAUGGUCUUUUUCUGACUUUAUUUUAAUUUCUUUUAAUCUAUGGCUGUUAUCUGGAGCACUUUUGUUUGAAUGUAUCACAUUGAAUAAAGAAAAGUUAUGGAAUUUCAAUGCA